AAAGUUGAAAGCAUUCCAAGUAUUAUAAGAGUCGGCGGUCUCUUCACUGUUGAACAGGAGGAACAGGAGAUCGCCUUUCGUAUAGCCGUCGAUCAGCUCAAUAAUGAAGCCCUACUCUCACAACAGAAGGUAACUUUGGUCGCACAGGUCGAGAGGGUAGACAAUGUGGACAGUUUUCUAGCUCAACAAAAAGUUUGCGGACUUUUACGCAAUGGAGUGGUGGCUAUAUUCGGGCCGCAGUCGGCAAUACCUUCAAUGCACGUGCAGUCCAUUUGUGAGACCUUUGAGAUCCCGCAUAUCGAGACCCGUUUGGACUAUGAGUCCCAUCGCACAGACCUCUCCAUUAAUCUCUAUCCGCAUCCAAACCUAUUGUCCAGAGUGUAUAUGGAUUUGAUUAAACUGUGGGACUGGCAGUCAUUUGCCAUCAUCUAUGACAGCAACGAUGGUAUUAUGCAUUUCAAAGACUUUUUUGAGCGAUCAUUGAAUGAAAGCUGGAAUAUAAGGACAUUUCAAGUGAUGGAUGACAUCCCAUAUCGAGAUGUCUUCUGGAGAGUCAAACAAACAAAUGAGAAAAAUAUUAUUCUCGACGUUAGGAAAGAGAUAUUAGUGGAAGUCAUGAAUCAAGCACAACAGGUCGGACUCGUAACCGAAGAGUACAACUAUUUGAUAACAUCAUUGGACUUAUUAACACUGGAUAUGGAGAACUUCAGACACAGUCGGACUAACAUAACAGCCCUUAGGAUUAUCGAUGAAAAUACACCGGAGUUCAGGAGCUUAGAAGAGGAGUGGCAUAUCUAUGCCUCACGUUUCGGCAAAAGGCAUUUUCUGAGAGCUCCGGAAUUUUUCAAUACCGAUUCGGUUCUCAUAUACGAUGCCAUUAAAGUAUUGGUGAUUGCGUUGAAAGAGUUGUACACAUUUGAUGUCCAGCCUAUCAAUUGCGAGGGCGAACAACCGUGGGUUCACGGGAGCUCUGUUAUCAAUUAUAUGAGACAAGUCCAGACCGAAGGUAUAACACGAGUGAUUAAAUUUGACGAUUUGGGUUUGAGGACAGCGUUUACUUUCGAUAUAAUCAGUAUAACACAAGAGGGACACGAUAUUACAGGGAAGUGGGCAUUUGGUCGCAUCGAGAAGAGCGAGUUGUGGAACAGACACCACACAAAGUCGAAACAGGAUCUGCCGAUCAUUCGGGUGACGACCGUAAUCCAGGAUCCGUUCACAAUGGUUGUGAAGAACAAGGAUGAGCUGAAAGGGAACGAUCGUUACGAGGGAUAUGUCGUCGAUUUGGUGAACGAAUUGGCAAAGAUGUUGGACUUUCAGGUUGUGAUCCAAUUGGUGGCCGACAGGCAAUGGGGAGCCAAGAAUGCGGAGACCGGCGAAUGGAAUGGAAUGAUUGGCGAAGUGAUGAACGAUAUCGCGGACAUAGCGGUCGCCGAUUUGGGCGUCAAUUCGGAGCGCGAGAGUGCCGUCGACUUUACGCUGCCGUUUAUGUCGACCGGAAUCUCCAUACUAUACAAGAAGCCCAUCACCAAAGAGACCUCGUUGUGGUCAUUCUUGUCGCCAUUUUCGGCCAUUGUGUGGAUCUAUAUGUUGGGCACA